AUGGCCGGAAAACUGAGAGCAAAUGAAAAUGACCCCCAAGCCAUAUUCGACAUCUACGUUUAUGAUGACAACUCCGGCAAAGCCAAAAUGGAUAAAUUCGUCACUGUGGGCAGUUUUAAAAAUGUCCAGGGCACGAAAUUGUCCGAUAUUCGUGUGAUGCUGAAUAGCGAGAAUGGGUUGAGUGUUAGGCUGCAAGGAUCCCCCUUCUGCAACAAAGUUGGGGCUGUUGCGAAUGAGGGUUUGCCUUUCACCGAGUAUAUCAAGUCGCUCGAUAGGGGUGGAACGAAGAGCAAGGAAGAGAAGACGGAGGAGUCUGACAAGCAGGGUUAUUCGACUCAAGUUCCCGGAGCAAAUGAGCCAGUGGCAGAAUCACAGGCAUAUGCUGUCUAUUUCAAAUCUCGCGCUUUGACUUCGGAGAUGAACGAUGUGACCAAAGAGUUUCUGAAAGAGAAGCUAGAGCUAGAGUUGAGAAAAGCAGAACUCAGCACGGUCGACAAACCAGACAUUCUGACCAGCUCUUACGAUCACGCAAGCUUUAUGGCUGGGGUUGGUAAAGGAACGGUGGUUCAUCCCACCGAUAUGACCCAAGGACAAUGGAACACCGUCUUGCAAACCAAUGCCCUUCUGCAUGGAAGUUACGUUAGACUGUUGCGUCAGGGCACCGUUUGCAAAGUCGAACGAGCCAUGUAUCCAGCGUUCCAGUUGAGGUCCCGUCAGUUCCUUGACUUCAAUGCUUCAAAGGAUGAUAAAGACAUUGUUAUUCCCGCGAGGCAUUUAUUCAUCCCUCGUUAUCGAGUUGAAGAUGACUCUUAUGUCGAGGUUUCUGAGAAUAAAUCCUCUGUAGCGUCGGCCAUUGCCUCUAGUUCUUUGUCUGAGACUGCUGCAGAAGUUGCUGUUGGUGGGGGAGCCUUUGGUUUCAGCGCCGGGGCCCAAGCUGGCUUCAAGGAAGAAGAGCAGGCAUCUGAAUCUAGGGCCACUACUGAAGAAACAAAGCAUAUGACCAUCACUUACAAUUUCCCUCGUGUUGUCCUUCAACUUGAUGAUGAAAGCCUAGAACUCACCGAAGAAUGCGCGAAAGAUCUCGCCUGUGUUACAGACAUGGCAUCUCUCACAGCGUUCAAAGCCAGAUACGGAACCUUCUUCGCCACCCGCAUUGAACUGGGUGGUCGCCUACACGCAACGGAAGACUCGGCCGCCCUGGGAAAGGCCAGUGUAUCUGAGAAAUCAAAAGCAAUGAAAGCUGCAGCCAGUUUGAGCUUUUCCUCGCCAUGGGUCCAAGCUUCAGCUAGUGCUAGCUCUGCGUCGUCGACUGCAAACAAGGCCGAGAACAGCGAGAGUUCGUUGAACGUGAGCAUGACAUGGGAGGCUAAGGGUGGCGAUACCUUGCUUUGCAAUAAGUAUAUUGUCUCCUCUAUUGAUGAAGUGAGCGAUGCUAAUGAUUAUGAAAGCCCCUCAGCUUGGUGUUCCACUGUGGCUUCCUUUUAUAACUGGCGAGUGGUCAAGCAAAACAAACAGCAAGAAAAUCUCCUGUCAAUCGAGGAUAUUAUAACGAAAAUUCCUAGGCACGAAGAUGUCAAGAACAGGUUCUCAAGGAUUAUAGAAGGCGAGAAAGCAAAAGAGCGGGUUCCAAUCAAAUAG